AGGUUAGGAUUUCUGCCUUAAGUGAAGUGAUAUCCGAUAAUUAAAAGAAAUUUACAAUUCGCAUACAAAAGUUUUGCCACGAGCUGUCGUGAUUUUACCUCGUAUUCCUAAGGAAAAAAGGCUCAAGUUACUGAAUAAAGAGCAAGGUUUUUUUUUUCAUCUGGUGUCCAGAGAAAUGUUAGUAGUUUUUCAAAUGCAAAGGAGACUCGAUUAGAACAGUUUUCGUCUCAACACAUGAGCCUCUGUCUUCCAACAGUUACAGCCUACAUAAUUUCAGUACCCUGGAAAUAUGGCUCAAAUUCCAGGGGUUAAUCCUGAUGAUAUCAAAACCUUUCGAGAAUUCUUGGUUUCCUACAACAAGCUAUCUGAGCUGUGCUUUAUGGACUGUGCUAAAGAUUUCACAACAAGAGAUGUGAAAAGUGAUGAAGAGAAGUGCGCCCUUAACUGUAUGGAGAAGUAUUUAAAACUUAAUCAGAGGGUAUCUCAACGUUUCCAGGAAUUCCAAAUGGUUGCCAAUGAAAAUAUGAUGGCAUCUAAUCAAAAACUUGGGUUGAACUUGAAAUAAGGAUUUUUGUAAAUACCUAGUUGCAUAAUUUGUGUCCCCAUAUUUUUUUAGGAAAAUCAGAAACAAAUGUCAUUCAUUUAAAAAAUUUUUUAUCCUAAAAUAUUGUAGUUUUUAGGUUUAAUGUUAAAAAUAAAUUUUUGUUAACAGUCUA